UUGUACUCCUGCACUUGGAGAGAGAAAGAUUAGUUGAUUGGAUUUACAUUGUUCCUUGUGCCACCAUGGGUGUCAAGAAAUCUGUGAUCAAAGUCAACAUCAACUGCCAAAUAUGCAAGACAGAAGUACUCAAAGCCGUUACAAAGCUAAUGGAUAUAGAUGAGGUGUCUGUGGAUAGCGAGAAGCAAACGGUGUCUGUAACUGGCCUGGUUGAUCCAGUCGACGUUGUAAAGCAAAUAACGAAGGUGGGGAAGGUGGCUGAGGUUAUUAGUGUUGGACCCCCUACAAAGCCUGAAUCACCUAAGAAACCUGAUGAUCAGAAACCACUCCCUCCCUGUUGCAAUGACUGCCAACUUGUUGCUGUCAGCUAUGGACCCUAUAACGGUGGCGGAUGCUCCAUCCUCUAGAUGGAAUCGGCUGAAUCCUGAAGUGAUCUCUUUUCUCUUAUGCGUUUGCUUAUUGUCCUCUCUCUGUAGAUCUCUCUCUUCAAUUGAAUCAAUUCAUCAUGGACAUGUAUACGUAAAAUGUUGCUACACAGGAAAUUAAGAGAUUGUUUUCUGCCGGAAAUGGUCUGGCAUUUGGCACUUA